GUCCCCCCCAAGCCAUUGAGCCUCAUCUGUUUUUGAGAGAAAGUGAGAGGUACAGAAAGAGAGAGUUGGAACUUGGAAGAGAAAGACAGAGUGAGAGAGAGUAACUGACCAUGACAACAACAACCCCCAUUAACCACCAAGUUGAUCAAGAUCAUAUGCUACUCAUCUCUCAGUUGUACCCUGAUGUUUACACCCAAAUUGUACCCCCGCAAGGAGCAGCGACUAAACCGCGACGCCGCCGUAAGAAGAGCAAGAGCGGAGAAGCUGGUGGAGCCGGAGCCAAGAAGAGGAAGCUCACUGAGGAACAAGUGACUCUUCUAGAGCUCAAUUUCGGCAACGAGCAUAAACUGGAGUCUGAGAAGAAGGACCGGCUCGCUUCCGAGCUUGGACUCGACCCUCGUCAAGUGGCUGUUUGGUUUCAGAACCGAAGGGCUCGAUGGAAGAACAAGAAGCUGGAGGAAGAGUACUCUAUCUUGAAGAAGGAUCAUGAAAACGUCGUCCUUGAGAAAUGCAAGCUUGAAUCCGAGAUGGAAAAGCUGAAGGAGCAACUCUCGGAGGCGGAGAAGGAGAUCCACAGGCUGUCAGAGCGUGCUGAAGGCGGUGGUUCGAGCAACAGCCCGAGCUCCUCGCUGUCGAUGGAAGCGAAUAUUGAUCCUCCUUUUUUCGGAGAAUUUGGGGUGGAGGAGUAUGAUGGUGUUUUCUACAUGCCCCAAAACAACUACAUUAAUGGCAUGGAAUGGAUGAACCAGUAUAUGUGAACUUAAUUAGUUAUUAAUUUAGAAUUUGUAGAUAGUGACGGCCUAGCUAAUGUAAAUCGUUUUCUUCCUCUAUGUACUAGUACGUGCUUAGUGUGCUUGACUAGGAAUUUGGAGAUUAAUGUAAUUAUUAUUAUUAUUAUUAUUAACAUUAACAA